AUGCUUCUAAGGAUUCCAAUUCUGUUUGUUAUAUUAUUAAACUUUGCAAAAGCUGAAAAUGUCAGAAUUUGCAAAGAUAUUAAAGAUUGUAAGACUUGUGCAGAAAGCUACAUCCAUAUUCUAGGAUUCAAGGAAGAUUGUAGAUGGUGUAUCGAAACAAAAUCAUGCGGCGGCCCUCUUUCCUGCCCAAUGGGAAAGCCGUUCAUACAAAAAGAUCCCUUCAGAUGUCCUACAACAAUUAGCCAUGCACCCGGAAAGCGAUAUUCAGAUGCACUUGGUCGAUCUUUAUUCGCUGUCUCUCUUGCAGUACGUGGAGACAAUGCAACGACUUGCCUCUACAACACUCGUCCAGAUAUUCAUUUUGUCAAGACAUACGAGGUUGUCUGUGACGGUGCCGGAAAUACGUGUAAAGGUCUUAUUGCAAUGAGUGAAGAGGCGAAAGCUCUUUACGUGUCUUACAAGGGAAGCACUUUCGGGAAACAACUUCUCGCCGAGUUCUUGCACGGUCUCACAGCACAAUUGGGCGCAUGGGAGAAGUUUGAGUCAGAAGACGCGGGAGUUAUUACUUAUUUCCAUAAUGCUUUUUAUCGACUUUUUGUCGACAGUGGAAUGAGAGACGACUUGCUCGAUCAUCGUAAAAAGCACAGAAACUAUCGCGUUUGGGUUACUGGCCACUCUCUUGGAGGAUCUCUUGCGUCCAUGACUGCUCUUCACUUAGUCAAAUCGAAAGCUGUGGAUUCAAAAAGUAUUCGUCUGGUGACAUUUGGAGAGCCACGUACUGGUAAUAUUGCAUAUGCGAAGGAAGUCGAGCGAUAUGUGCCCUUCCGGUACCGUGUUGUCAAGAGAAACGAUCCAGUGCCAAACAUGCCAGCUCCUCUCAGUCCUGCAGCUAUUCUCACAACUACUAUGUACAAUCGUCAACCUAUGCAUUAUCGUUUCCUUGUUCAUUACAACAACAAAAUGGAACGAGGAGAUCGUUUUAAGACGUGCGAAGUUUCUGACGAUCUAGGAUGCCGUAAUCCGGCUCUUUCUGAUGUCACAGAUCAUAUGAGCUACUUCCAAAUAGAUCAGGAUGAAUAUGUGAAGAGAGAUUGUCCCAGAAACGAGCUUAUUUUUUAA